GUUGCCGGUGCAGGCGGGCGUCGCAGCAAAGUAGGCACAGAGCAAGCUGGCUUCCUCGACGGCCGCGUUCGAGCAGCACGACCUGAGCAGGGCUGCCGAGCUGCAGCUGCUGCCCGAGCUCAAUGGUGACCUGGCGAUGUCCCUGAGCCCCAAGCAGCACCAGCAGGUAGCGCACUCGACCCCGUUCUCGGUCACCGACAUUCUCAGCCCGAUCGAGGAGUCGUACCGGAAGCAGCAGCAGCAGCAGCAGCAGCAGCAGGGCGGCCUCGACCUCGCCACCCCGCCCUCGCCCUAUCGCAGCAGCGCCAGCAGCACGGCCAGCGGCCCGGCGGCCGCCCCCCCGGCCCAGCACCAGCACCACCAGCACCAGCAGGCGGCCAUGAGCUCGUACAUGCACGUGCCGCAGCUCGCCGGCCACCACGGCGCCGCGGCCGCGGCCACGGCCGCCGCCUUCCCCGCCCAGUACUGCAACGGCACGGAUAUUGCCGCCUACGGCGACAUGAGGAACUCGGCGGCCGCGGCCGCCGGCUGGUACGGCGCCACGGCCAACGACCCGCGCUUCGCCAGUGAGUACAUGAUUUCGCGGUUAAUGGGCUCGUCGAGUGCGGCCGCGUCGAUGAACAUGAACAUGCCCAACAUGCCGAGCCUGUCGACGUGCAGCGUCUCGGCCGAUUCCAAGCCGAUGCAGUUUCCCCUGACGCAGCGCAGGAAACGCAGGGUCCUCUUCACCCAGGCUCAGGUUUACGAGCUUGAGAGGCGGUUUAAGCAGCAGAAAUACCUGUCGGCGCCGGAAAGGGAGCACCUGGCGAGCCUCAUCCACCUCACCCCCACCCAGGUCAAAAUAUGGUUCCAGAACCACAGAUACAAGUGCAAAAGACAGGCUAAGGAAAAGGCCAUGGCCGAGCAGAACGCUCAAAACCAGGCUCAAAGUUCACCACGUCGUGUUGCAGUUCCCGUACUGGUGAAGGACGGCAAGCCGUGCUCGGGGACGGCGGACGGCCGCGGCGGCGCCGCGCUCGGCGCCGCGAUCGGCGCCAGCCCCGCGAGCGGGCAGUCGCCGCCGACGUGCUCGCACUCGCCGGCGGUGCAGCAGCAGCUGCAGCAGCAGCAGCAGCAGCAGCAGCAGCAGCAGCAGGCGUGCAGCAGCACGGCCAGCCUGCUGUCCAACAUGGCCUACCAGCGCCAGCACAACCUCAUCAACCAGCACCACCAGCAACAGGCCAACAUGUGCUCGUCCUACCUGCCGCUGCAGGGCCGCGCCUGGUAACCACUGCAGACGCCACGCUUGUAAAUAAACGCCAUAUUUUCAACUCGGUGCACAGAGAGACACAUGCAAAGUGAAGGACACGCGACCGGGUGUAUUUUAAUUAACAUAAAAAUAUUAUAAUCCACAUAUUUGCAGGGCAGAGGCACCGAUGAUUGGCGCAAAGAUUCGAAUUUAAAUUCAUAAAAUUUCGGCACCAAGAAAGUUGUUUCAAUUGUUAAAAUUAACAUAAAAGUACAAAAGUAAUUCAGUUUAUUUAUUUUCAGUUUUUCUCUUAAAUACAAAAUUCUGAAGAAUUGAAUUAUUUCGAUUUUGGUAUGAAUUUGUUUUUAACAAUUUCUUAUUAUUCUUCAUUUAAUGAUUGAAAAUGUAAUUAAUUUAAAAUUAAAUAAAAUGAGAGAUUAAUAAUGUGUGUAAUGCAAUUUUGUUUCCGUCGAAUUUUCUUAUCUUAAUAGUUUUUUUUCCCGAUUGAUAUAAAAUAAUGCGACCCAAUUUUGAUGAAAGUUGACCAGGGGACUCUGGAACAACUUCUAUUUUUUGCCAGUUUACUCUAGAACUUCAAUUGACAUGAAAAAAUACUGAUAUUUAGGCAACAAAGGCGACCUCUGUGUGAAUAUUUUGCCUACUUUUCAAUUUCCAAAGUAAUUGAAAUCACAUUGAUCUCAUAUUAUGGCAGAAAUUGAACAAACAUAACAAUUGAAAAAGAAAUUUCUCCUCAACUCAAGCAAUAAACUCAAUCCGUCAUAUUCAGUAUAAAAGUUUCACAGGAAAACUGAUUAUUUAUUUUUUACUUUUCAUUCACCGAUUGAAAAUUGUUUAAUAUCAAAACAUCGUCUUGUUUUAAAGAUUAUUAUUAAAUUUUGACUGCGUUUUUGAAAACUUUGGCAAUCUCGCCGCCUCUCCCCGCGCAAAACUUGUACCAGCGUAAAUUUUAAAUACAAAACUGUCGUGCACGAUUUUAAACUGGGAAUGUGAAUCGAAGGUUUUUUUGUUAUAGCCGCGCGGUUUGUUGCACUCGCGGCAGCGAGAAUCCGGGUGUUGGUUGGUUUAGCAGGGUUUUGUCUCGCGCACCUGGAAAGUGUUGUGUACAAUUUUUAGAGAGGGCAUGUGUGCAUUUUCUCGUCGUACCAUACUUUGUCAUACGUAAUUAGGUUUAACUCAAUAAAAUGCCGAACAAGCACGUCUCAGUUGGAUAAUGUGUAGCCAUAUGUAUAAUUACAAACAAAAAAAAUUAUAAUUAAUAAGGAAAAACCGUAUUUAAUAAUUGUGUCAUAUGAAAUGUGAACUCGAUUUUUGUCCAAGACCACAACACUCACAAUCCACUCUCUAUAUUAUGAGAUAAAAUCACGAUUUCUACAAGAUUUGAAGUAAAAAAAUCCCGUCUCUUUUUUCUGUAUAAUCCGCGCAAAUAUAUAUAUUUAUUAUUGUGACUCCAUUCACUGUUGAGCCUUUGUAAAUACUAGCAAUAAAGUUCAUCUCAUCCUGUU